AUGCAAGUUCCCUCUCGAGAUGAACGCGCCCCCAGUAACCAUGGCCGUGUCGCAAGCGGCGAUGACAGACGACGGGUCGCUCUUGCCCGGCGCACAACACGAGGGCCUCUCGACGAUGACAUGCCCGUCGACGACCCUCUGUCAGCCAGCACACCAACCGGCAGCCUGCCAUCACGCACCGUGACCCCAGCUCGCGUCGCUCCCCCGCUUGCCCCGCAUCCUCGCCAUGGGUCCAGUGGCCGUGUCAUCGAGGAUAUGCCCCCCAAGGACUUCAGCUUCCUCCAAGAUGCCGCUGCCUACCACGUCCUUCCCGUAACCAACCUCCCGCCCGCCUUUCUCAAUGCACCUCACACGCCCCCCAUCUCCUCGCCCGUUGACAGCCUCCUGCUCUCGGGCCACUAUCGCCUAGCUGCCAUUGCCGCCGCACGCAACAUCGUCACCGCAGCCUCGCCUGGCGACUACGAAACACUCCUCCACCUCGUCCAUGUCCGUCUGGCAUGUCUCUGUCUCCUCCACGAACACCAACUAGCGGCCCAAGAGAGCAAAGUGCUCGGCGACUUGAACAGCGCCUUCUGGAGACACCCCCUGACGAAUGCGCAUCUCGUGCCAUGGCACCUGCGCCUCCUCGUUGUGCGUCUCUCUGCACUGGGCUAUGGCGAAUGGCGCAAGGGCAUCAUGGGAUACUAUGAGCUCGCCCGCGAAUGCAGAGAGAACAUCAUCAAAGCCACGACAGAAGAAGACAAGAAGCUCUGGCGAGCUCGGCUCCGUGACUGCGGGAUACGUGUUGCAAAUGUACUCGUGGAGAUGGGAGACCUUGAAGGCGCUGGACGACACCUAAGCACACUGGCCAGCUCCCAAGAGACUGCCAACACGACCGAGGCAAGAGAGAUAUUGCUCAUGGAAACGCUCGUCUGGCUGCGCGUCGGCGACAUCCAGGCAGCCCGUCGCUGCCUUUCCCAAGCGACGUCACAAUCCCCCGACGAACUCAUCGACGGCACGCUACAGGCGCUCGUCCAGCUCGCAGAGUCUAAUUACGAGGCCGCCGCCUCUUCGUUCCGUCAGCUGCACGAAAAGAUACCCGAGGAUGCCAUGGUGGCGCAGAACCUCGCAGUCUGCUUACUGUACACUGGACAUAUACAGGAGGCCAGAGACUUGUUGAGUACUUUGGUCGCCGAAAGCCCGCCCUUUCACUCUCUCGUACUCAACCUAUCUACCGUAUACGAGCUAUGCACGGAGAGGAGCAGGGAGAAGAAGGUGGCGUUGGCGGAAAGUCUGGCUCGUCGGAAUGAUGGAGGGGGGGUGGGUUGGGAAGUCAGCAACUCAGAGUUUAAAUUGUAG